AUAAACAGAGAGAGUGAGUGAGAGAGCUGAGGGAUCAGGUAGUCUCCAUCUCUCUGACCCGCAGACCCCAAACAUGAUGCCGGUUGCCGGACUUCUGCUGUGCGUCACCGCCGUUCUUUGCACCUCAGCUCUUGGUGCUGGACCUCGGCUGGAUAACGGCAAACUCUACAGAUACAGCUACAGCACUGAGGUCGGGCUGAACCGGCCGACGGGAUCCCCUGGAGGCAAUGUUGGAUUCAGGAUUAGCAGUGAUGUGGACAUCAACCUGGCCUGGAGGAACCCUGAGAUCCAGGACGAGCAGCUGCUGCAAGUAAAGAUUUCAAAUAUUCAAGUUGAAAGUGCUGGAAAGCACUCCCGCAAAAACAACAUCUUCCAUGGCAGCUCAGCAGAAAGCAUUCUGGGUAAAGUCAGGCUUGAGGCACUUCAGAGGCCCUUCUUGGUGCUGUGGAAGAUGGGCAAGAUCAGAAGCCUCUAUGCCCAAAAAGCGGAGCCUGCUACUGUCAAAAACCUGAAGAGGGGUGUGGCCAGUAUGCUAAUGAUGCAGCUUAAGUCCGGAAAGAUGUCAGAGGCUGAUGCUUCAGGGAAAUGUCUGGUUGAGUACAAAGUUAACAAACAUCAGGUGAUCCGCACAAAACACUUGGAAACUUGCAAAUCUCAAGAGACGGGAUUCACUACUCACAGUCCAGUUCUGGGCAUCAGCGGGAAGUGUGCUGCUGAAACGGUCAUAACUCUGGAGAAUGGUAUCAUUAAGUCUGCCGAUGCUAAAGAAACACACGUUUUGUCCAUCAAUGCUCGUCAUAAAGCUGCAACUAAAGUCUUAUCCAGGCAGUCACUGACCCUCAAAGCGAUUGAGGCCGGACCCGCAGAAGUGGCGGGAAAAGACGUUGCAGGAGUAGUGAAGGCUCUGGAUGACAAAUUCCUGUCUGUUGGAGUCAUAGUGGAGAAAACUAAACCAAAAUGCAAGGGAUGCCCCAAUCUGAUGGAAACCUGGAAGGCAGUGAGGUCUCAGCUGGAGCCGAACUCACUCUCUAAAGCAGAAGCACCGCGCAGCUUCCUGACGCUCGUACACAGCCUGCGCAAAUCCAGCAAGUCUGAGAUUCUGACUGUACUGCAAAACUGCAGCAAGACGGCACUACCUCAGCUGGUGGAUGCAGUAACAUCAGCCCAGACUCCAUCUUCUCUCUCAGCAAUUCUGGAGUUCUUGGACUUCAGUAAGAAAGACGGCUUGAUUCUGCAGGAGCGCUUUCUGUAUGCAUGUGGCUUUGCCUCCCAUCCUACAGAGUCCAUGCUUCAAUCCCUGCUGGAAGUGUCUCAAGGAAAGAUCGGCAGCACAGAGAUUAAGGAGUCAGUUGUGAUCAUCAUGGGAGCUUUGCUCAGGAAACUCUGUCUGAAAGGAGCUUGUGAUCUACCAGCUGUGCUGAAGGUGAAAGAGCUGCUGUUAGCAGGGCCUGACAGCACUCAGGAGGAGUCUGAGGUUCAGAUGUACCUGUUAGCACUGAAAAACGCUCUUCUGCCAGAAGGCAUUCCUGUUUUAGCCAAAUAUGCCGAAUCUGAGGUCGGAGCAUACAGCACCAUCGCCAUCACAGCGCUCCAGAGAUACGACCCUGCGCUCAUCACAGCAGAGGUGAAAAAAGCCUUGAACCGCAUCUACCAUCAAAACCAGCGCAUCUACGAGAAGAACGUGCGUGCGGCUGCAGCCGAUGUGAUUAUGAGCAGUAAUCCGUCUUACAUGGAGGUGAAGAACCUGCUGCUCUCCAUCGGACACCUGCCACAUGAGAUGAACAAAUACAUGCUGUCAAAAAUCCAGGACGUCCUGCGCUUCCAGAUGCCAGCCUAUAAAUUGGUACGGCAAGUUAUGAAGGACAUGAUUUCCCAUAAUUAUGACAGAUUCUCGAAGACCGGAUCGUCCUCUGCUUAUUCAGGCUUCAUGGCAGAAACCGUGGAUGUCACCUGCACCUACAAUUUGGACAUCCUGUACUCUGGCUCAGGAGUAUUGAGGAGAAGCAACAUGAACAUUUACGGUCAGAGCAACAACGCGCUCCUUCAUGGCCUGCAGGUGACGAUUGAAGCGCAGGGUCUGGAGUCUCUGAUCGCAGCCACGCCGGAUGAAGGAGAAGAAGAGCUGGAGUCUUUUGCAGGAAUGUCCGCUCUGCUGUUCGAUGUGCAGCUCCGUCCUGUCACCUUCUUCAAGGGCUACAGUGAUCUGAUGUCCAAGAUGUUCUCCAUGUCCGGAGAUCCUAUCAAUGUGGUGAAGGGCCUUAUCCUGUUGACAGACCACUCACAGGUGAUUCCUCUACAGUCUGGUCUAAGAGCAAGUGCUGAGUUCCAAGCCGGUCUGUCCAUUGAUAUCUCUGGAGGAAUGGAGUUCAGCUUGUGGUACAGAGAGUCUAAAACAAGUGUCAACAACAGGGGAGCGCUGGUAAUCAUCGGGAAUAUGACAGUGGACACAGACUUUGUAAGCGCCGGAGUGGAAGUCGGUUUUGAAACCGAGGCCACGCUGGACUUCAUCACCACCGUCCAGUUCUCAGAGUACCCCUUCCUCGUCUGCAUGCAGAUGGACAAAACCACUUUCCCCUUCAGAGAGACGGUGUCCAAGCAGGAGAAGCUGCCAACGGGACAGAUGUUCUCCAGAAAGAGGAGCAGAGAUCAGGUGGUGCCAGGCUCAGAGUUUCCUCUACACCAGGAGAACUCCAACAUGUGCAAGAAAGUCUUUGAGCCGGCCUGGUAAACUGGAACCAGCAAAUGCAAAAGGCUUUCACACAGACAUCUACUAAGUGUGUGUGUGUGUUUAAGGUGGCUGUAGGUGCGAAAACCUCAGACAAGGUUGUGCAUACGCUGUAAAAACUUUUACAGUUUCCAUUGUGAUUCACAAAAGGUUUCCAUUUAUUUAUGGUUGUGAAUUGCAAUAUGGGAUGUUGAUCUCUGCUCUGUCGACUUUUGAUGUCAUAAAAUCAACUCUACAGUUUAACAAAGUGACUUUUAACGAUAUUUUAGCAGUCUGAAAUAAUAUAAUGCACAAGAAAUAAUAAAUAAUGAAUAAAA